AUGACGAAAUCAUGCACGUCGUGGAAGAAAAAAAGGAGGUAUCUUUUUUUAUACGAUUAUGGUGGAACUGGAAAGUCAUUCAUGUGGAACACACUUUCAGCAGUUCUACAUUCUAAUCGUGACAUUGUUUUAAAUUUUGCUUCAAGGGGAAUUGCAAGCCUUCUUUUACCUGGAGGGAAAACAACACAUUCCAGAUUCAAGAUUCCAGUACCAUGCCUAGAAUCAUCAAUUUGCAACAUUGAAAAAAAAACAGAUCUAGCUGGGUUGUUGAAAGUUACAAAUUUGAUAAUUUGGGAUGAGGCUCCUAUGGCAAACAAAUUUUGUUUCGAAGCUCUUGACAAAUCUUUGAAAGAUAUAAUGGAUGAUGACAAAGUUGCUUCUAAGAUAAUUUUUGGAGGAAAGGUUGUGGUAUUUGGUGGCGAUUUUAGACAAAUUUUACCCGUAGUUCCUAGAGCAAAAUUUGAUGACCCAAUAGAGAUGAUUGUUAAAAGUACUUAUCCUAAUAUUCUUGAAAAUUACACAAAUAGUACUUUCCUUCAAAGUAGAGCUAUAUUGGCAUCAACCAUUGAGAUUGUGGAUGAAAUCAAUGAUUACAUCAUAAAUCUUCUACCAGGUGAUGCAAAAGAAUUUUUGAGUAGUGACUCUAUUGACAGAUCAUAA